AUGCAGCAACAACAACCAUCAAGCAAAAUGGCUCAUCAAGGCCUCGUAACGAGGGCUGCAGGAAUUUGGUAUUACAAAUGUAGGAUCUGUCUUGAGGUGUUCACCUCAAGUCAAGGGCUUGUUGGACACCAACGCAAGCACAUGUCUCAGGGAACUUGGAUAAGAGGUAUGCCCCAUUACAAACUUUUUUGUCCAUCUACUAACCUGCCAACCCUCUACGAUCAAUUGGGUAGCCGUAAGUCUACCCCAACUGUCGGGCCUCAGAGAUUUCCUGGCUAUCCACAGUCGAUUCAUGACCAAUCGCAUCAGGCUACAGUGCCUCAUGUUGUUGUACCUUCACCUGCACCUGAUCCUUUGCUUAUUCAGGUGGAUUUGUUUGUCCGUCGUCUUAAUCAACAAAUUCCAUAUGGAAAUCGUUUGAAUGUAAAUCUUUUAUUGGCUUCUACACCUAUUGAAUCAAUUUCUUUACCCAUCGAGAGUUCCGGUAGUAUUACUGUAAGUGCAGAAUGGAUGCGUGAGAAAGAGAAUAAAGAUAAAGAGGUUGAACAGUCAAGUAGUGUUACUAUCAGUGCAGAUUGGAUGUGUGAGAAGGAGAGUAAAGAUCAAGAGGCCGAGCAGUCAAGUAGCAUUACAGUCACUGCAGAUUGGAUGCGUGAAAAGGAGAAUGAUGAUCAAGAGCAGAAGAAGAAGCCCUUCACUAAGCCAAAAGAAAAUGGCGGUCUUCUCUAUGAUGCUUUGGCAAGACCUACAAAGGUGUAUAAAGAAGACAACCCAUUUGCCCAAAAGGAAAACAAAUUAGCAUGUGAGCUGAAGUUUCUGAAGAAAUUGGCUUCGCUUGCCUUUAUAGCCCUCUUUCCCAUUGUCAAUUUCCAGAUAUUUACUACAGUUGUCUUCUUCUCUUCAUUUAAUGAGAUAUCAGUGAUGCCUCAUCAGAAUCAGGGACAAAAUGGGCAGCAGGGUGUGUGGAUGUACCAAUGCAUCCAUUGUAAAAAAAACUUCCCUUCAAGCCAGGCCAUAGCAGGCCAUACAAAGGGUCAUUUCAGAGAUGGCUGGGUUAAAGGAACCCCCCAGAGCAAAGUAUUUGUACUAUUUUCUGAGUAUCAGCAGCAGCAGGGUUCUAUUACUGACUCUUCAAUUCCCGAGAAACAUGUUUUUUCUGCAGCAACAUCUGACACUGACUUAACAGAUGCUCAUCGAUUGCCAAUAGGUGAUGUGCAGAAUUCCAGAAGCCUGGUCGUACGGCCUCCAUCUCCAGCUUCGUCUAGCAGACAACCACGAAUCCCUAGGCAUCAUUUGAGGCUUCGUGAUCUGAAGAUACUAGCUAGGCUAAGGGCUCGUCUUACCAGAGAGGAGCAAGAAGUCAUUUUGCGUCUUCUUGAUAGUGCUAUGGAACAGGCAAAACAAUCAAGCAAGAAGAGCACUGAGGCGGAGGUGAUCCCAAAUAGAAACUCAGAAGCAGCAGCCGCGAUUGGAACUACUGACACAGAUACCGAUGUCUCUUCUGAGGAAUCAGAUGAUGAGUCCAAAAAUAUGUGAUCAUAUGGUUAAAGCAUAUAUGCAAUAGUUUCUGGGCUAUUUCUUAUUAGUUAUGGUUCUGAAGACCGUUCGAAUUAAUAGUGAAGUGUUCUAUUAGAUAUAUGAACAGUAUAAUGUUGUUGCUUUUUUAGAUCAUCUAAGAGUAGAGUUGAACAAGGUUCUUCCCUUUAUCCCCUCUGUUGAAUUAAUGUAUAUGUGACUGCUACUGAGGCAUUGUCUGUGACUGUGUGAGGCCUUGGUUGCUUUAUUAAUUGAAGAUAUAUGUAUGUUUUGCUAUUCUGAAGGAA